AUGAUGCCUCCGACUGCAUCCACUGCCGACGACCUCGACGGCUUCCAGUCCUUGACCGGCGUGGCAGAGAGUGCUGAGCCCACUACGUCAACGCCUGCCCGCGACGACCCCACGAGCAGCACCACCGCCCCCGACAUGUCGGCUCCCAUGCGUCAACACCCGCUGGCUGCCCAGCGCCCGCCCUUCAGCGUCAACGGCUCGCCCUCGCCGCGCUCGUCGCGAGAAGCCUCGCCCGCCGGCCCUCACCACCGCAGUGCCACGCCGUCCGGUGCCAGUGUGCGGCCGGGCUUCCGCUCACGCAAGAGCAGCGCCGAUGCGAGUCCCAGCCGCGGCUCCAGUCUGUCCAACUCGACUGCUGCCCCGGGCGUGCAGCGUGCUCUGUCCUCCACCAGCAUACCAGAGCUCACCCCAACAUCGUCGACCGACACGGUGCGAGCCACACGCGCUUCCAAGCCAUCGUCAAAACCGAAUUCAGGCGACACGACACCCCAUUGGCCCCUCUCACCGCGCCUCAAGUCACCACCGCCGGGCGAUGACGGCCGCUCUCGUUCGCGCACCAACUCGCUGCGUUCGCAGAUCAAGAAGCCCGAGGCCCAGUCGACGCCCGCUAUCGUUGUCCAGAGCUCGUCCCCAGCCUCAGUCUCUCGCUUCCCAGUAAGAGAAGACGUGCCCGUGAGCGACGUCGACGAGCCACCGGCCCAGCCACAGACACAGCCUCAGCAAACCAUCAAGGCGCCCUCGCGCAAUUCCGGCGGCGUGGCUCCCAAGCUGGCAACGGUGCAAGAAUCUAGCUUGCCUGCCACUCCCGGAUUUGAUGGUCUAGAGCCGCAAAGCUUUGUUCCCCCAGCGACUUCCCACAAAACCGACCAGGACCGAAAUGACGUCAAUUCGUCCAAAGUCACCGAAGACCUCAGCACCAAGCACGACACGUCCAAGCACACUGAGAGCGGGAGCGACAGCGCGACCAAGAGCGCCAAGAAGGGCAAGAUGCAGGAACAGCGCUCUGCCUACACCCAUCGCCCACACACCGUCUCGGCCAAACCCUCCCUGUCCUCCAUGUCGACGCGAUCGCGAGACCCGCCCCUCCGCAACAUGACGGUCGAGACCGAAACCGUGCCCUCUGUCGCGCAGCCAUCGAUUGUAAACCAGGACAGAUCCGCCUCGGGUCGCGUCGACGGCGGCAUACGGCUCAAGCCCAGUAACGAGACAAUUCGUCCCAAGAACCAGAAGAAGGCCCCCAAACGGAAGGCCGCAUCCAUCAAUGCAGGCACUGCUUCAUCCAAAGCAGAUGUAUUCGAACAAAAGGUGGCCAGCGCCGUCGACGAGGCCGACUCGUCUGACUCGGAUGCUACCUUUAUCUACGAAUCGAAUCCUCCCGAGCAGCCAACUCGCAGCCGCCAGCACCACUCGCGAACGCCAAGCAUGACGUCGCUAGCCAGCCUCACAGACCCACGACUCCAGAUCCGCGACACGCACAAGCACCCAAGCAAGAAGAGCAGCAUCAAAUUCACGAACCCAUACACCAACGCGAGCAUUGAUGGCGAUGACCGCGGUGAGGGUACUGUCCGCAUCGGCUCCGGACGAGCGGGCGGAGGCAGCCACCAUCACCACAUUGGAAGACAUGGCCAGGGUCGGGGCGCGCUCAGCCACAUCACCAUGGACAGCGACAACUCGGUACCACAAUCCUCGCGCGCACGUGGCCCGUCCUCCAGACACACGUCGCAACCGAACAGCCCUCGCUUCCAUACUUUCAAUGUUGGCAAUGGUCACAGCAACGGCAGCAAGAAAAGUGGGGAGUUCUCUACAGCAUACGACAUCGACGCCGAGAACAUCGCCGAUGAUGAGCGCACACCUCUAAUCCAGUCUGGGCGGAGCCCACGAGCCCGGACGCCUCGCCAGCGCAACACUGCCACUAUACGCCAGCUAGAGCGCCGGCAUCACCGUGAUGGUGGGUGGUGUCGUCGGUUCGCUGGCUGCCUAGUUCUGUCGAUCCUGCUGCUCGUCGUCGUAUUCUGCGCUGUUGGGCUCGUCUUCGCAACUACGAAGCCGCUCACUAGCCUUGUAGUGCGAGAUAUUCAAAACGUCGUUGCAAGUCAAGAGGAGAUCAUGCUGGAUCUCAUAGUCAACGCUGUCAAUCCCAACAUUAUCGGCGUCACUGUAUCCGACAUGGACAUUUCGCUGUUUGCUAAGAGCAAGCAUGUCGGGUCGGACAGUUGGUGGCGCGAGCACGGGAAUGGCCCACAUGACAAUGUAGAAGAUUGGAGACCGAUUGAGGAAGACGCAGUUCCAGAGGUCUCGAUUACCGGUGUAGACGAAGGAACCGAUCCUAUCGAGGGCGAACCACGGACCAUGUUGCUAGGCCGCAUCGCCCACUUCGAUUCGCCAUUAAACUUUGAAGGUUCCUUUUUCCAGCGACACCGCGCCGAAUCCAUUGGCGAGCUCCGACUUUCGCACCCCGGAAACAAGACCGAAGCUGGUGGCAGUGAACGUUGGGAAGAAGUUCUGCAGUAUCCCUUCGAAUUAAUAGUGCGAGGCAACUUCAAGUACACACUGCCUCUCAGCACGCAAGAGUUCAAGGUCCCUGUCACGGCAACCCAUUACUACGACCCGGAUAUCGAGCGCAAGAAGAAGCUCGACUUUGCAGAGAAAAUAGAAAAGAGGGGGAAUCCAUUACCUGUAUCAACAAAGCCUUGGGGACGUUACGACCGCAGAGCCCUACCGUUCUGGAGUCUCCUAUAG